AUGUCACAUAUUAAUAAAUAACCUGGAAUAUAUUAUUUAGUUACUUGUUUUUAAAAUGAAUCCUAAGGGGGAGCUAAAAACUUGUACUGUUACACGUAUAUGAUUAUUUUUAGAAAUAGAAAUAUACUAGAAAUAGUUUGGGCUUGGAUUAUCUUGAUUUCUGGAUUAAUUGUAUUAUUCAGAAGAUAUUAAAAACAUAGGGAUAUCGCUCGGUUCAAUCGUAAAUAGAUUAUUGUUGCAAUCAUGGUUAUAAAUAUGUGUGGUAAUAAUUUUAGCAAUUUUUCAGCAUAUUUAUCAUAUCAAUGGUCUUAUGAAAGUGCCUUACUAUAUUUUCCGGAGUAUUACUUUUAAUACAUCUUUUUUUGUUAUACCAUCUAUUACUUCGGUAGAAAAUCAAUUAUCCUGGGAAUGUUGAAUAUGAGAAUGGAUGUUACAUCUUAAGAUAUUGAUCCUAUUAUUUAACUAAAAUUGUCCAAAUUGUUUUGCAUAGGAUUAUGUUCCUUUUUUACUAUAAUUUUCAUAAUGAAUUACGUCUAAUACUUAUUUAUCGUUAGUGAUAAUAAAGAAUACGACUUAUGUUCAGGUAGAUAAAAUUAAUAUUAUUUAGCCAGCUUUUUCAAUAUCGUUACAACAGUAGGAUUCUUUAUGCAAGGUCUUUUCAUUUUGUAAGUUAAGCAAUUGUCAAGAUAAGUCAAUAAAAAUUUGAGAGCCUAGAAAUUUGAUGAUCCGAUGAAGAAAUUGAAGGAGUAGAUUCAAAAGAAUUAAUCUUCUUUGUGGAUUCUAGUGAUCUUCUGUUUUUUUGGUUCAUUUGCCAAUUUCAUGUAGAAUGUCUAUUUUGUCUCUAAGAUUGCUAAAUACAAAGAUAAUGUAGGUUAUUUCACAUGUUGGUAUUUCAAUGUAAUGCAUUAUUUAUUAAAAAGUUAAGUAGCGUAUUUUGGAAUAAUUGUCUAAAUGCAUUAAUAGGAACGACAAUAAAGUUUUUUGAUUUCUUUUUACCUUAUUUUUUGGCUAUAAAAACUUUUUGGUAUAAAUCAAAUGAAUAGCAAUUGUUUGUAUUGAAUUUGUCUUAAUCAUAAGAACACAUCCAAUUCUGAUUCAAAUGAAGUUGAAGUCUAUGAAUUGUAGCUGUCCAAUAAUUAAUCCUAAUAAACAUUAUCAUAAAAUAAUUAAGAAGAUUAAUGA